UUUUGUGAAGAAAAACCACCUUGCGGCGCUAUACUCUUGUUUUAAUGCGGAAGCAAAUCGAAGUUCCGGUUUUUCGUUGAGUGUGCAUCACGUUUUUGUUUUGGUGUUGUUGUUAUAGUUGGGUCGCUUUUUCGUGCGUCAAGUUUUCGUUGGUGUGUAUUGUGUUACUGCUGCAAUCGAAAAGAUAAACACAAUGACGAUGGACUGCUUGCAGUAGAAUACACCUAGUUUCUGGAGUUUCGUUCGAAUAUUGCCUUGCUGUGGAAUUUGUAAAUUUAAUUGUAGAUAAUUGGGCGCAAUCAAAUGGUCACACAUUGGCGUCAUUGACUGUCAAAAAAAAAACGGAACGACUUCAUAAAAAAAGGCAAUGUUUGCCUUCGAAUAAAACAGAAAGCUUCCAUCUGUCAAAAGUACCUCGAGGCGUAUAAACGACAACCAUCAUAUAGAAAAGGCAGGAAGAGUCCUCUAGAAACAACAUUGCUUCGAUUCGAGGCGGGUGUGUGUUCCGCGCUCUCACAAAAAAAAAAAGAACAAAAACACUUGUAAGAACUGAGUAGCUGCCGGAUAUAACUCUUUUCAAAAUCCAUUCGAUUCAAAUCGAAAAAGCUUGUCACCGGUAUUUUUUUUUUUGUCUAUCCUGUCGAACGUUACAACACCAGCUCGUUGAUAUACAAUUACCACACAUAGACAUGCCAACCAGGACAUCACAUGCGGAAGGACUAUACGAAUGCUGUCGCUACAAAAAUCCUCAAUAAAGUGCCGACUGUAAACUUUCCCCCAAAGAGUGCUAAGGGCAUUUUCCCUGAAGGACACGCAAAUAGUGAACACACAGGAGAAAAAAAAAAAAAUAGAACUAUCUCACAUCCACAUCCUUUUUGAAUAGGACAAAACCAUCAAAAGCAAGACGAAGGCACAUAGAGAAACCAAAGCAACAAAUAGAAGCAAAAAAAAAAAAGGAAAAAACAAAUUGAGGCUACACAACCGUUAAGGGGGUGUACUUUGAAUUAAAGUGCGCUGAGCUGAAAAAUUGCUUUUACUCUUGUUGUAGCGCAAAUCAAUUGGGUUUUAUUAUUUGCUCCAGCAACACAGCAGAACAAGUCGAAGAAGAAGAGGGCGAAGAGAAGAGUUAAAAAAGAUACACGUUACCCAUCCGAAAAAGUUUACAUUCAAUUUUAUGCAGAUUUGGUUUGGGAACAAGAAGAACUAACAAACAGAAGAAGACGUUUUUGUGCUGAGAGCGCUGCUUUGCCUGUCCCACUUUUACCGAAUUUAGAGCAACCCGCAAAAUAAGCGCACAAACCGCACCCGAAGCGAGCCCUGUGGGGCUACGCUUGGUCGGGUUAUUGCCGUGUUCGGUUUGGGCACCGAAGGCACCUAAACUGACAACUCUGAAUCCGGCUCGAGGGACCAGUGCACCGUACGUAAUUGGUGCACGUCCAACUUCUUUGAUUGGUGCAGCUGCUUUGCAGCAGGUUGGUGGGGUUGCUGGUGGUGGAAGUGGAAGUGUCCUUCAACAACCAACAAUUACAAGUGGAUCUUUUGAUUCGACAAGAGGUGUACCACCAUCAUCGACGACAGUGACGAAUUCUUGUCAGCAGUGCAAGUACAAACAGCAACAGCAACAGCAAUUGCAACAACAACAACAGCAGCAACAGUUUCAACAGCAUCAGCAACAGUGUCUUUAUACUCAAAUUCCAGUUAGCCUACCAGCUACCUGCGGCGUUGCAUCUUCUAGUUGUGGCCUAUCCCUUAGGUGUGCCACAUCAACGGCCAAUAGUGCAACUGUUAGUUCUACACAUCAACCAUCAAUCAAUUGUGCAUCGUUUGCACAGUGCUCAUCAUCAUCAACUUCAUCAGCAGCCACAUCAUCAUCAGUGUCAGCAGGAAUAUCGGCAGCAGGUGUCCCAAUUGUAGCAGCACCGUUAGCUAGUAAUAAUCCAUCAUCUAUGCUAUUGGUACCGUUCGCUAUGCCGGGAUUUAUUCCCAUGCAAACGGCUGCAACUGCUGCUGCUGUUGCACCAACGACCAAUGAUGGAAUUAUUCCGACAGCAGUUGGAGUUGGAGCAUCAACAGCAAUAGUACCACCACCAACAGCAAUCAAUUUGAAUCCGAAGGAUAACAAACUACCAAUGAUCAUUCCAACAGCAGGAAUUCCAGGAGCUCCAGUACUGAAACCAAAAAUUGAUACAAGCAAGCAUUUCCACAUUUUCGUUGGCGAUCUUAGCUCAGAAAUUGAGACUCCACAAUUGCGAGAGGCAUUCACACCCUUUGGUGAAAUAUCUGACUGCCGUGUUGUUCGUGACCCACAGACACUCAAGUCGAAAGGAUAUGGAUUUGUUUCGUUUGUCAAAAAGACAGAAGCUGAAAGCGCUAUUACUGCUAUGAAUGGCCAAUGGUUGGGCUCACGGUCAAUUCGAACGAAUUGGGCAACACGUAAGCCGCCUGCAAGUAAAGGUGAUCAAAAUAUCAAGCCGUUGACAUUUGAUGAGGUUUACAAUCAGAGCAGCCCAUCGAACUGUACAGUUUAUUGUGGCGGUGUAAAUAGUGCUCUAACUGCCCUCACCGAAGAGAUCCUUCAGAAGACAUUUUCGCCAUACGGAUCGAUACAAGAGAUUCGAGUCUUCAAGGACAAGGGAUAUGCUUUUGUACGAUUCUCAACAAAGGAAGCCGCCACUCAUGCAAUUGUCGGUGUGCACAAUACCGAAAUAAAUGGUCAGCCAGUGAAGUGUUCGUGGGGCAAGGAGAGCGGCGAUCCGAAUAAUGCCCAGACAAUUACCAGUCAGGCAUUAAAUCAAACCGGAUUCCCGUAUGGUGUUGGGGCUGCGGCGGCGGCCGCCGCUGCUGCAUAUGGCCAGCAAUUGGCCGGCUGCUGGUAUUCACCAACACCAACGUAUCCAGCAUCAUCGGCAGCGGCUGCGGUCACGCCAACGGCUGCAUCGGUGCAAAAUCAAUUUUUGCAAGGAAUCCAAGGAUAUCAUUUUGGUCAAUACGGCGGAUACCAACAGGGAUAUAUGGGCAUGGGGGUGCAGAUACCAACAGCUACAUGGCAAGGGGUUGCAACUCAAGCACAAAUAUCCCCAGCACAACAAUUGGCGACCGGUGUUGCUGGCACAGGCAUCCCCCAAGCAACGGGGGUGGUAGCCUAUCCCAUUCAACAGUUUCAAGUAAGCCCACAGAUUUCGCUUUUGUCAUUACCAAGUAAUUUUAGCAUUGAAAACUAAUUUAAACAAAAAAAAAAAAGAAA